UUAGGGUCGUAUUACGGACCUUUCUGAUUGCGAACGCGUUCUUCAAAAUCAUUGGGGGCUGCGUUGCAUUUCUGUGGACACCAUCCAUUUCGCGAUGCUUUCAAGAACACAAGUUCCCCUAGGCACUUAGCCGAUGACCCGAGUAAGCGAGAUUUGCUCACUUACUCAGGGGAUUCGGGAAGAUUGAAGUUCGUCAAAAUGGUUCAAUCUCUUCGUUCAGUCGCGCUCUCGGCGCUAUGCAUCCUCCCCUACACCACCACAGCCUACCAGGACAACGUGAAAGCCGGUCCGAACGCGCUCGACGAGUGCGCGGCAUGCCCGCGCAUGUACACCUACCUAUACCGCUGUCAACAAAUCUCGCAGCCUGGCCGGGUUGGAAACGAGGUCCAUGAUUGCCUCUGCGACCGCAGCGACAACGGCUGGUAUGCCUACAUCGACGCCUGCGCGGGCUGUCUGGGUAACGCCGCCGAGGGCGACGACGAUUUCUUCAGCAGCAUGCGCAGGAUGAUGUGGACGACCUACUCGGUUUGCCGCGACCAGAACGGUAACAUCACCAGCGACGGGUUCAGCCUUUGCGCAAACAAUGGUGGCAAUUAUGAGGACUGCUUGUCGCUCAAGGACAGCUCGCAGGGGGAGACAUGGGUCAGCUUCAGGGCGUUCAAGCUUGUAGGAGCCACCGACAGCAACCACACGCAGCUUCUCAAUCUUGCCGAGGUGAAGAAGAACUUGACUAUAACCUCGACAACCCUCGAAUCGACCUCCGCAACGACAGCGACUGCAUCGGACACGGCGGCUGCGACUACCACGACUGCCACUGGGACGGACGGCCAAGCCGCAUCGACCACGACUGGUUCGGGGGGCACAACGACCACGACAGGCACGUCCUCGGCAGCUCGUUUGUGCCAAGGAUCUCAGGCUGGAUACGUUUUGGGGGUUUUGAUUGUUGCGGGAAUGGUUGGGCUGGUUUAAUUCGGAUUCCUGUUUAUAAUUAGUUACUCUUCAUGUGAUGAAGAUUUCUGAUGCGUCUCUGGGUUUUGUGCCGUCUCUGCACUUUGCACCCCACCAUCUGGUUGUGGGCCCCUGAAUUUCAAUGAAGGUCGGGCCCAUGGGUAGUUGCCACCCCGCAGUUGUUUAGUGGACCGCUGCGGCUAGUUUUCGGUUCCACAGCCGAUUGCUCCCCUCAACACAGCGCAUCUCCAGACCGAUCUUUCCCCGCUGCCCUGUGCCAUCACCCACCAGCGCCAUCGCACCUGCGCAGCAGCAGUCGAUCGCAACGGGGUUGCCCCACCCCUCAGGCAAGAUCGAGCCAGUCUCCUGUCGACAUUGUUUAUGUGUGUCAGCAUUCAUUGAGUUCUGAGUCGGAUGCAGAUUUGUAGAGUUGAGUCUCGCAUAGAGGAUCA